CGCAAAUGUUUCCUCAUGACGAAGUUAUCACUAUUAAAUACAAACACGGUUAUCUCAGGCCAAUAUUGAAGAACAAGCUGUUCCCGAUGACGCGGAAUAAUCGUACCCAGAAGAAGUUCCAACACGUGUUGCAGCUCCAAGGAGAACUGUUUAGUCAUGUGUUAUUGUUGGUGACAGUGGUGACAACUGCAGGUAAUGCUCAGGCCAAAAAAUUCAACGAAGACAUUUACUGGAAAAUGGUGGAAAACAAAUCUCUUCAACUCCUUAACAAUGAGUUGCUCAACUUACACAUCGUGGCCAAUGAAGAACCUAUUUUCACUGCCUGUGGAUUAUUUUCAUUUGAUAACUCCCUGAUAUGUUCGGUAAUAUCUCAGAUAACGACAUACCUGGUAAUUAUCCUUCAGGUCGCAAAAAGUAGUGGGACGACAGUUGAACCGCCCAUGAAUGCAAAAUCUUCAUAAUAAUUGGAACUAAAGAUCACAGGAUCAAAUUAAAACCAAAAGGAAAGGAUAUUAUUGUCGAGAAUGAUUUCCGGAUGUAUUUAUCAAAACGUAGAACUAGGAUUAAUGUUUCAAUAGUUAUAUUUCAUAUUUUUGACCAUACUAUAUUUUCUAUGUUUACCAAGUUUAAUCCCAUAAUUGUACAUAGAAUAUAUUUUGCAAUAUUUUUUUUAACUUAAGGAACUAAAAAUUAAUCAAUGGAAUCAGGAGUGCCGUAAUAUCUUUUAAGAAAAUGUAUAAAAUCAAUUCAAUCCUCAGGACCCUACUCAAUGUUCGGCAGAACUUAUAUCAAGAUCAAAGAUAACAGCAGUAUUGCAAGUAGCAGCAGUGGUGAUGAUAGUGACAUGCACAGAUUUGCCAGUAUAAUUCUAUUGUAUAUGUUUUGUUUUAAAUAUAUGAUUUAUUUAGGUUAAUAAAUAAUCUAUUAUCA